AUGUCAGCACAAGUACUACCGAAGAAAAGAACAAAAUCUGGUGGAUCAAGGCUACCUAGCAUUAAUAGUCCUAUUCAUUCACAUACAUCAUCAUCAAGACAACCACCACCAAGAAUAUUAUCAAAUAAUUCAAAUCAUUCACACAUUUCACAUUAUAAUAACAAUAAUUCACGUAAUAGAAUACUACUGAACAGAACUACUCAACAUCAACAACAAUCUCGUCAUGUAAGUCGGAGUAUAGCACAAGACGAUGCAGAUGAUGAAUCAUUAGAAGAUGGAGGGAUUGGUUUUAAUGAAAAUAGAAAUCAAAUAUUAUCAAAUUUUGAAGAAUGGAUAAGAAUGUCAACUGAUAAUAAGAUAAAUAUAAAAAAUUCAUGGCAAUUUGCAUUAAUUGAUUAUUUUCAUGAUUUAAAUGUUAUAAAAGAUGGUGAUCAAAUUAAUUUUCAAAAAGCUUCUGCUACAUUAGAUGGUUGUGUUAAAAUUUAUUCAAGUAGAAUUGAUUCUGCAGCUACUGAAACUGGAAAAUUAUUAAGUGGAUUAGCUGCAAAACCAAAUGAUAGAGGAGAAUUUCCAGGUGGUGAUAAUGAAUUAAACAUAUCAGACAAUGAAGAACAUGAGGAAGAUGGUAGGAAAAAGAAAAAAGCAAAUAGAGUUGUUGAAUCUACAUUAGUAAGUUUUGAAAGUAUACGGAUCAAAAAAUUGGAUCAAGAAUUAGCUAUAGAUCCUUUAUUUAAAAAGGCAUUAGCAGAGUUCGAUGAAGGAGGUGCAAAAAGUUUGUUGCUAAAUACAUUAAAUAUUGAUUCAACCGGUCGGGUGGUGUUCGAUGCAACUACUAAUCCAGUUCAAGAAGAAAAAUCACGAAAUAAUUUCGAAGAAGAUACAAGUGAAGUUGAUCUACAAGAUCUUGAAAAGAUAUUAUAUGAAGAUGAUCCCACACCUAUUGAAGAGAAAACCAUAUGUCCCUCACUAAAUGAAUUUCAAUCUGCUUUAGAAGAUGUUAAUGGUGCAAAAAGAAGAUUAAAUGAUUUCAAUAGCAGAAUGGCAGCACAAGACGAUCCAGAACCAACACCACAAGGAGCAGAAGAUUACGGUAUGGAUUUUGAUUUUGAUGCACCAGAACCAGAACAAGAUGAUCAAGACCUAGAUCAAUCGCCAGAAGAAUCACCCAAUGAAAGUGAGGAAAUUAUAAAUCAAAGUAUAAUGCAAAAUUUAUUUGCCGAAAAAAGUGAUGCAUAUAUUCAAUCUAAAACAAGUGCUGUUUUAUUAGAUGAGGAUUUAAUGAAUUAUUUUGAUGAGAAAUUGAAAAUCAAUUGGACUGGUCCUGAACAUUGGAAAGUUUCUGCAUUCAAAAAGGCAAAUAAUAUAGAUCAAGCUCCUAAAAUUGAAAAAAAACCUGAUCAAAUUAAAAAGAAAAAAGAUUCAACUAUUAAUUUCUUUGAUUUACCGAAUGAAGAUGAAGAUGUAUUAUUUAAAGUUCACAAGGAUCCAAAUUUUAUAAAUCUUAAAACUAAAAACAUUUUGGAGAUUUAUGAGGAGGAAGAGUUUCAAGAAUUAAAAGAAAAGAAUUUACUACCUGAUGAUAUAAAAUUUACAUCUUCAAGAUUAGUCAAUCUAAUACAAAAACCAAAUAUUCCAAUAAUGUACUACCCAAAAAGAAUGAAAAACCUACCACAAUCCCAACAAUCCCAACAAAACCUAGAUAUACCAGCAGAUUCGAAUUUCUUUGCGGAACAAUACAAAGAAAGAGAAGCAUUGGAACAAGAACAAGACGCGAACAAGACAAAUGGAUCAAAUGAUGAUCGAGAUCGAUUAGCUAAUUCUUUCCAUCAAGCAGAAUAUGAUGAUUUUGAUAAUGAUUUUAAUGGAAUUGACUUCAAUGAUGCUUUAGAACCUGAAAUUGAACAACCUGUAUCUCAAAUCACAGGUAUAAUAAAUAGAAGAAAAUCUGAAUAUGUGAAUUUCUCAAGAGUCGCCAAAAGAGUAGAUAUUAAAUUACUAAAAGAUAAUAUUUGGGAUGUUAUACAACAAGAAAAAGAAGUUGAAGAAACUAUCAAUUUUAAUCUUGUGAUGAAUAAAGUUAAAAAUAUGUACACUACAGAACAAGCUAAUGAUUUAUCUAUUAGUUUUUGCUUCAUUUGUGUCUUGCAUUUGGCUAAUGAACAUGGAUUAACUAUUGAAAGUAAUGAAGUUAAUGAUAAUUUAAAAAUUAUAUUUUGA